UCACUUCAAACGAAAAGAAAAAGAACCAAAACUCAAACAAAGCUUAGCUACUUCAAGCAUAUAUACUUCUUCUUAAGAGAAAGAAGAAGUGACAAGAAAACAAAUAGUAAGAGGAAACAAAACCAAGUUUUCAUUAUAGUGGGGUGUAGAGGGAGAGGGGGUGUAUAGAAAGAAAGUGUGUUUUUUCUCAGGCAAGAUAGGUUACCUUGUAAUAUACGAGGGGGGGUGUAGGGGGGGUGGGGUUAGGGUUAAGUUAUGCGAACAGGAGCAGGUAGUGCAGUGCAACAGACCCUCACAACUGAGGCUGCUUCAGUAUUGAAGCAUUCUCUUAGUUUGGCCAGAAGAAGAGGCCAUGCACAAGUCACACCUCUUCAUGUUGCUGCUAUUUUGUUAAGUUCAAGAGUCAGUCUUCUUAGAAGAGCUUGUCUCAAAUCACAACCAAAUUAUUCUUCUCAUCAUCCACUUCAGUGUAGAGCACUUGAGUUGUGUUUUAAUGUGGCACUUAAUAGGCUACCAACAAGUCCUGGUCCGCUACUUCAUGGCCAGCCUUGUCUGUCUAAUGCUUUAAUCGCUGCGCUCAAAAGAGCGCAGGCGCAUCAGAGAAGAGGCUGCAUUGAGCAACAGCAACAGCAGCCUCUUUUAGCUAUUAAGGUUGAGUUAGACCAGCUUAUUUUGUCUAUUUUAGAUGACCCUAGUGUUAGUAGGGUUAUGAGAGAAGCUGGUUUCUCGAGUACUGUUAUUAAAACCAACAUAGAGGAAUCAGCUAAUUCUUCAGUCUUUCAGUGUUACAAUAAUAGUAGCUCUAGUGGUGGAAUUUACUCCACACCUAGCUCUCCACCUACUAUAAAUAGUUUCUUGAAUUCCCACCAAAACCCUAUUCUCUUUUCACCUCACAAGUUUAACACAUUAACAGCAUCUUCAUCAGAUGUUAAGUUGGUAAUAGAUGUGUUGGUGAACAAAAGGAGGAACAGUGUGAUAGUAGGUGAUUCAGGUACAGAAGGGGUUGUUGAAGAACUGAUGGGAAAAGUGGAAAGAGGAGAUGUGCCUGAGGAACUGAAAGGAGUUCACUUUAUCAAAUUUCAGUUCUCAUCAGCACCACUAAUGCUGAUGAAAAGAGAGGAAGUGGAACUGAACAUAUCAGACCUGAAAAGGAAAGUGGAAUCUCUUACAGGAAGUAGAGGAGGAGUCAUUAUCUACACAGGUGACUUGAAAUGGACAGUUGAUCAAAGUCUUAUUGCUAAGACUAGUUUUGUUAAUAAUUAUAGUCCAGUUGAUCACCUUGUAGCUGAGAUAGGAAGGUUGGUUUCUUGUUCAAAUGCAAAGGUUUGGUUGGUGGGUACAGCAAAUUAUCAAACUUAUAUGAAGUGUCAAAUGAAACAACCUCCUCUUGAUAUUCAAUGGUCUCUUCAACCAAUUUCUCUUCCAUCUGGUGGUCUAGGCUUAAGUCUCAAUAGUACAAGUGUCUAUGAACCAAGAAUACCAUUCUCUCAACAAAUGUUUGAGAAAAAGCCAAUUCCUAGCAAGGAGGAACAAGAUGCAGUCACCUGUUGUGCAGAAUGCACCUCCAAUUAUGAAAGAGAAGCUAGGUUAAAGUUUGGCCAGCACAAAAAUUCUACAUUGUAUUCUAUCACAUGUGACACUAAGGACUCUGACAAGGGUUUGCCUGAUUGGCUCAAACCACAUGACAUUGAUACAACUAACAAGGAUGAUGUGGCUGAGUUGAAAAGAAAGUGGAGCAGGUUGUGCAAAAAUCUUCAUCAAGGGAAGCCUAAUCAAAGACAAACAAGUUCAGUUUUGUGCAAUGAAUACAAUAGCAGUGGGAAGAAUUACUCUUAUAAUUCAUUGUACCCAUGGUGGCCUAACAAGAACAGCCUAAUAACAGAUUGCAAAUCAAUUUCAUUUAGUGAUCCUCCAAAUUGGAAGCCUAAUCAGGGAGCCAGCACUGUGCCAAGGUUCAGAAGACAACAGUCGUGCCAUAUCGAAUUCAGUUUCAGCAAUGGGAACUCAAAAAUUGAGCCAAACUUGGAUUCUCUUAAAAUCAGGGAAGGGAAAGAAGUGAAAAUCACACUUGCUCUUGGGAAUUCACAGCUUUCUGAUAUCGGUAACGUUGAUGAAGAGAUGAUCAAAAUGUUGCAAGAGAACUUGCCUUGGCAAAUGGAAAACAUGGAUGCUAUUGUGGAUGCAUUGAUGGAUUUCAGGACAAUGAAGAAGCAGAAGAAUUGGUUGGUGAUUCAGGGGAAUGACUUGAUCGGGAAACAAAGAUUGGCUCGAGUGAUAGCAAAAUCAGCAUUUGGUUCUGAUGACUUGCUCUUGUGCAUCAACAUGAGAAAGAGGGAAAACAUGUCUCAUGUUGAAUUGCUCAACAAGUCCUUAAGGAAUAAUGAAAAGCUUGUUGUCCUAGUGGAAGAUAUUGAUUUUGCUGAUUCAGAUUUGUUGAAAUUUCUUAUAGAUGCCUAUGAAAAUGGGAGCUCUAGUCAUUUGUUCAUCUUAGCAAGGACUAGUGAUGCAACUGAUCACUUCAAUGAUGGAAAAGAGUACUACAAAGAGUCUGUAAUUCAGAUGAAACUGAUGGUAAGCAAAAGGAGUGUCAUGAAUCCUGGAUCAGUAUGUAUUGAUCAUAAGAGAAAAGCUGAGUGGGAAUUGUCUUUGCCUAACAAGACCAAGAGUCCAAGAAACAAUGUAAUGGAAGAUGUCUCUUCAAAUAUUGCUGCUCAAAAUGGGAAGAUGAAGAAGGAAUUCACAAGGCAAUUGAGCUCAAACACCCUUGACCUCAACAUCAAAGCAGACGAGGUCGAUGAGGAGGAGGACGACGAGGAUGAUGAAAACGAAGUUAAAACCGAGGACUUUAGCCCCAUUUCAAGUGACUUGACUCGCGAUACAGCCAUUGAUCAACAAAAUCCACCACUUGGUUUAUUCGACCUCAUCAAGAAUCGCCUUGUUUUGAAGCGCGAUUCUUCUCAAGACAAGAGAAUGAGAGAGGUGUUCAUGUUCAAGAUGAGAAGGUCAUUGGAGGAAGUAUGUGGGAGUAAGAAAAUAGUUGAGAGUUUUUGCUUGGAGGAAAUGGUGCUGGAGAAGGUAUUUGAGGGAUGUCGUUCAUUUCUCAACAGCUUGUUUGAUGAAUGGCUAAAAGACAUUUUUCAAACGAGCUUGCAAAUGGUUGAAGAGAAAGAGAAUGUGAUUAUCAAGCUUUGUACUGACAUGGUGGGAGCUAAUGAUCAUGAGAGUGGUUUCAAAGGUUCAUGUCUUCCAAGAGGGAUUCAAGUUUCAAUCAUGCAAGAUUGAGUUGUCACUUCUAGCUAUAUCAUGUUAUAUUAUCAAGCUUUUUGACGUGUCCUCUUGUAACUAGCUAAUCUUGUUUUGCUUAAUAGAAUGUCUGCUUUGUUUUCAUGCCCA